AUGGAAGGGCAGCAUAACCAUCCGCAUCACCUCGGGGACCAGAACAACCCUCUCUGCAAGCUGCCGGGGCAGGAAUAUCAGCACGAUCCUCAGAGGCAUUUAACGUCAUACCCGUAUCGCUGCACGUUGGCAGAUUUUCAGAUCGAGAAAAAGAUCGGGCGAGGGCAGUUCAGCGAAGUGUACAAAGCAACUUGUCUCCUGGACAGAAAACCUGUGGCAUUAAAGAAAGUUCAGAUUUUUGAAAUGAUGGAUGCCAAGGCUAGGCAAGAUUGCAUUAAAGAAAUUGACCUCUUGAAGCAACUGAACCACCCCAAUAUAAUUAAGUAUUUGGAUUCUUUUAUUGAAGACAAUGAACUUAACAUUGUCCUGGAACUGGCUGACGCUGGUGAUCUCUCUCAGAUGAUUAAGUAUUUUAAAAAGCAGAAACGGUUAAUCCCGGAAAGGACGGUGUGGAAAUAUUUUGUGCAGUUAUGCAGUGCAGUCGAACACAUGCACUCCCGCAGGGUGAUGCACAGAGACAUAAAACCAGCCAACGUGUUUAUAACAGCCACAGGGGUGGUGAAGCUGGGAGAUCUCGGAUUAGGCCGGUUUUUUAGUUCUAAAACCACUGCAGCACAUUCCUUAGUGGGAACUCCAUACUAUAUGUCCCCAGAAAGAAUACAUGAAAACGGCUAUAACUUUAAAUCUGAUAUCUGGUCUUUGGGCUGUUUAUUGUAUGAGAUGGCAGCUCUUCAGAGUCCUUUCUACGGAGAUAAAAUGAACCUGUUUUCUCUUUGCCAAAAAAUAGAGCAAUGUGAUUACCCACCUCUUCCAGCUGAACAUUAUUCUGAAAAGCUGCGGGAGCUGGUCAGCAUGUGCAUAUACCCCGACCCAGAUCAGAGACCCGACGUCGGUUACGUGCACCAGAUAGCGAAGCAGAUGCACGUGUGGACCUCCAGCACAUGAGCCGGCCGCCGCGCUCGCCCAGCAGCACAGCUUAGUCUUACUUGAAUUCUUUUUCUCGGAUGGCACCGCCCGGUGCCCAGCCACACCGCCGGAGGGCUGAGCACUCGUGGCAGGAUGCUCCAUUAUUUCUGCAGGUUAUUGACAAGGACUCUUACAAGGUGGUCAUGCUUUAAAGUGAAGAUUCUGUGAGGUAUUGCAAGUGAUUUUUUUUUUUUUUUUUUUUUUUUUUUUUUAAGGCAAAUAACAUGUUACAGAUGUAGAUCAUUUAAGGGUCCUUUCUUAAAACUGUCGUGUGUAAUCUAGGGUAGAUGAUAUUAACAAGGGUGUCAGAGCGUUGGGCACCCCCCUUCUAUCGUAACUGUAAUGUGAAAUAUUGACGUAAUUCCUUCAGUGAAAUCACUUUAUACUAAUGUAAGAAUUGCAG